AUGCCUUCCCCCACAGAAGUCGCGCAGCGGUUUGACUCAAUUGAGGAUACAAUUGCAGCAUUCAAGAAUGGAGAGUUCAUCAUUGUCCUCGAUUCGCAAGACCGCGAGAACGAAGGCGACCUAAUUAUCGCCGCCGAGUCCAUCACAGCCGCACAGAUGGCCUUCCUGGUGCGCUACACGAGCGGCUUAAUAUGCGCCCCCAUCACCCCGGACCUUGCCACCCGCCUCGCCCUCCCCCAGAUGGUAGUUGAGAACGCGGACCCGAAGUGCACCGCCUACACAAUCACAAUUGACUCCAGCGACGACUCCGUGACAACCGGCAUUUCCGCCGAGGACCGCGCACUAACCUGCCGCACCCUCGCCUCGCCCACCGCGCAGAUCGACUCCUUCCGCCGACCAGGCCAUAUCAUCCCGUUGCAGGCGCGGCCGGGCGGCGUGCGCGAGCGCAGCGGCCACACCGAGGCUGCGGUGGAUUUCUGUAAGCUUGCUGGGAAGGCGCCGGUGGGUGUCAUUGCGGAGCUUGUUGAGGAUGGGGUCGUUGUUGAGGGGAAGGCGGAGAUUGGGGGGAAUAAUGGGAUGAUGCGGAGGGAUGCGUGUUUGCGGUUCGGGAAGAAGUGGGGGAUCAAGGUGUGUACUAUUGAGGAUUUGGUGGAGUAUUUGGAUCGGGUUGAGGGGACUGUUGCUACGAAUGGGAAGCAUUGA